GUUCGGCCGCGCGACCCGUCGCGACAACUGCUCUCUCGCUUUGUCACGCGCGAGCGCGCGCGCGUCGCCUCGAGUGCGCACCGGCUCGCAAAGUGCGCGGUAGGAUGCGGAGCUCGCCGGGAAGUCGCGCCGCCGACGGCGGCGUCGGUAGCCCCGCCGGCGUGGACUACUGAGCCUCGCGGCGCGCGAGCCAGCUGCCGAGCAUGUCGGCGACGUCGAGCGCGGGCAAGGAGGUGCAGACCGACGGCUCGGACCGUUUCGCCAGGAGGCCGUUCCCCAAGCCGUCGUCCAGCGAGGAUCUACCCGGCAGGGCGAGCAAGGCCACGCAGAUCGAUAGCUCCGUGUGGAGGAUCGCCGCUUAUCAAGCCCGCUCGCGGCCGACCUCUCUGAGCCAGCUGUCGUACCGCCACAACGCCGACGCCAGCUACGCGGCCACGCAGAGCGAGGGCGUACUGGGCGGCCCGCGGAGCCGCCUCAACACCAGCAACAGCGCCGGGAGCGUCAGCAACAGCGCCGGCAACGGGCGCCACACCGCCGUGGACAUGAGCAAGCUGACGGCCGCUUCGCAGCGGUGCCAGUGCCGCUGCGCCUGCGGCAACGGCGCCGCGGUCGGCGGCCAGCAGGCGCCCUACCUCGGCCCCGAGAACCAGGACAACCCCGAGGGACUGUCGUGGAGGCGGCUCCACAUGUGCCGCGCCAAGCUCAAGGCUACCGCGACCACGUCCGAGCUGCUCAGCGGCUUCGCCAUGGUGGCGAUGGUGGAGCUGCAGAUAAACGAGCCGACGGCGGUGCCGGAAUGGCUGUUCGUGAUGUUCGCCGUGUGCACCACGGUGCUGGUGUCUGUGCACAUCUUCGCGCUGAUGAUCAGCACGUACCUGCUGCCGAACGUGGAGGCGAUAAGCAAGCUGCAAGUGUCGCGCCUGGUGAGCGAGUCGCCGCACGAGCGUAUGCGCGGCUUCAUCGAGCUCGCCUGGGCCUUCUCAACCGUCCUUGGCUUGUUCCUGUUCCUCGUCGAAGUAGCGAUCCUGUGCUGGGUGAAGUUCUGGGACUACUCGUUCACCGCCGCGACGGCCAGCACCGUUAUCGUCAUACCCGUGCUCGUCGUCUUUAUCGCAUUCGCCGUGCACUUCUACCAUUCGCUCGUCGUCUACAAGUGCGAGGCGACCGCUAGCGACAUGAAGGAGCUGGAGAAUAUCAAGAGGAAUUUGGAUAAUCUCGGACAGAGUCACGUGUGACAACCGGCAGCGAGCGCUUAAAUUUCGUUCAAUUGCUUUCGUUCAAUUGCUUGCUUGUACAGCACGCGAGUACCAGAUCGAUGAUCAUUCUUGUUGCGAGAUUUCGUUGUUGCGCUGUGCGUGCUGCUAUUCACGCAAGAUGUCGUGCUCGAAACAACGUCUGCUGAUUUUACAGAUUCGAGCGUCGCAUUAAUCGUCGAGAUGCGUCGAGACGCCAGUUGUGUUUAUGUUUAGGAGUUUUGCGUACGCGGAUUUUUCGCGGAUUUUUCUCUUCUUCGUCGACAGAGCAUUUCUUUUCUACUUACCCUCUCGACCAAUCCGACAUUGUACCUUCGUAUUUUUACCCUUAUUUGCUUUGUUAAGCGAUCAACAACGAACACUUUUCCAAGUGAAAAUGCGGGCCAACGUUUUGACAAGUGCCGUCAAACGUCGUUGAUGUUAAUUAUGUCUAGAUGAGAUUUAUAAACAUUUCGUAUGAGCAGUCAUUGUAACAACGAUAAUGUGAUAUCUAUUAUAAAUAAAAGACUUUAAUCUACUUAAGUAAUGGAGCAGCGUU